UGCAAAAUAUGAAGCUCCUGAAACUUUUGUGCUGCUUUUGCCCACCGGUGCCAGCUGAGGAGGGCGAAGUAGAUGACAUGGCCAUGUCAAGGGCCCAGGCUGUGGGCAAGAAGGGCAAGAAGAAAGCCAACCCCAGCAAGAAGAAGAUGAGGAAGGAGGCCAAGAGGCUGAAACACCAAAUGAUUGAUAUGAAGAAAAAAGAGGUCAUGAUGGAUAUGGAAACGCCUAUGGAUAUGGUGGAGGUAGCUAAGGAGGCAGCUGAUGUAGGCUCAAAGGCCCUACAGCAGCCAACAACUACCGCCAACCUGACUACUGGGGCUGAGGAGCCGGUAGAUAAGGUGACCCGGGAAACCAUGCUGGAUCAUGGUGAGACGGAUGGGGCCAGUAGUGUUAGCUCCUCCUCCACCCCAUGUGAUCUAUUAGCCGCUCUGAACUCUGUGGCCAACGCUGAUGGUGACAUAGUGGCUUUGCUGGAUCACCUGAAAGCGGCCAAUAUGACACAUAUGGCUGUUGAGAGCAGACCUCAACUGCGGCAGCCUGCUGCUCGCGUCAACGUGGACAGACCUGGACUGCGGCAGCCUGCUGCUCGAGUCAAUGUGGACAGACCUGGACUGCGGCAGCCUGCUGCUCAAGUCAACAUGGACAGAGAGAGCCCCAUGGGGGGAAAGCCUGCCCUCCGCCUCAGACUGGACACUGGACCUGAAAAGCUGAUCCCAAAAGAGACCUUCUUGGAUAAUCCUCAGGCCGAUGGGUCCAUGGUGAAUGGUGGCCAGUGGUCUUCUCCAGCAGUGGACUCUCCCCAUUCAGCAGUCAUAGAGGCUGUGAUUGAUCAUCUCUGUUUGUCAACUGACACUGCAGAUGACUCAGGAUCUGGUGAUGCACCGUGCUUGCUCAGGAAGAUGAGCAAAGAGGACUGUGACCAAAACAAGUCAGACCUCAACAAAGACAGAGUGCAGCUGGCCGAGGGCGGCAGUGAGAGGUGCCCAUCUCCAGAGCUCUGUGAACAUCAGGGCCUGCAGCAGCCAGAGAUGGGAUUGACUGCUGCUGUUACUGGAGAGAUGUCAGCUGGAGGAGGAGAGGAGGAUGAAGCUGAGAAGCAGGCCUAAUGCCCAGGCCUGAGAGACAUCCA